GCCCAAGAGGCUCAAUGGUUUGGACCACAGUGCCAUUUGCGUCACUUUUUCCAUAGGAAGAACCCCUAUACCAAGUCAGAUCAUUGACGCAUCUAGCUCAAUAUUGUCGACACUGGUUGGCAGGGUAUCUCUAGAAAUGUAUCUUGUCCGGACAGGCCAAGGUUUGGGUGUGUGGCUUUCAGCAGUGGGAGGAAAAGAGCACAGGUGAGGCAGAAGGACUUAGUCUUAGAGGCUGGAAAAUUAGGCAUCUGACUUUCAGCCCUAAGGGGGAUUCUCUGCAUAUCAAUAUUCCUCUAGUCAUGCAACCCGCAUCAAUCUGUCUCGUGACCAAAACAUCAGAAGUGAGCUAGGGACACCUUCAGAACGGCCAACUCCCGUCCAAAUGUCUUGGGUGGUUGAGGCAUGGAAGCUGCAGGAGCCCCCUGUGUGCUAAUCCUUUUUUAUUUGCAGAUGUUUCGGUCUUCCCAAUCCCUUGUGGCCCUGCAAGAGUAUCCAGUGAAGAGACUGCAAGCUGCCAAGCCAAGCCCAACUGUUCGGAGUGAAUCUCUGGCCUUGUGCACCACACGCCUCUGACGCAAGCUUUUGCAAAAACAAACAACCGCUUCGAUUGAUAAAGAGCCCGAUCAAUUGUUUUCCCUUCCUGAGCAAUUUGUGGUGGGUGUGCUUCUGUUCGUUUGGGCCGCUGGCAGCUAACGAGAGGCGGCUUAGUCUGUGUUUACAGUCAAGAAAGGCGAGCGGCUGGCAGGCAAGGCCCAAGUGGUGUGGCAUUUACAGUCAAUACUCGCAGGAGGCAGAAAGGAGAGAUAAGGAGCAGAGGCCUUGCACGGCAACGCCAAAGCGUGUAAAACCAAGGGCUCUGUUGCAGAGGGGGGGGGGUGGAAGAUGAUUUAUUUUGCAAACGAUAUGGGCAAGAGAGCUUGACUGAGCAAGGAAGUGUCUUGUGGCAGUCAGCAAUGGCUGAGAAAGUGCGCUGCUUUUUCAUAAAAGAUUAGCCUUUUCUGAAACUCUUAAGUCUGCACAUGUUAAGAUUGUUUGCAUUUUUAAAAAUGGAAACAAUCGAACCCGUUUUCUUUUUGGAGGGGGUCGGACUGGGAAUGUCCUUAAGUGCUAAGCUGCGCAUGGGUGCUGUAAUGCGGGACAAAAAGAAGAUUUGCUUUCCUUCUCCAUAUGCAGGAAAAACAAGGUUCCUAAUGAAAUAGAAAAAGCGCAUGUGAAACCCCGGGAUUGUUGUCCCGCGUCAGUGUCAAGAAAACCCUGCAGGCACAAAGGAAUUUCCUUGGAGAUCCGCUGAAGACAAGUCCUUGCCAUGAAACCCCUCGCAGAAGAAGCUGUAGAACAAUACCUUCAGAAUAAGGUAAGGGACAUGGGUCGGAAUUCUGUUUUCAUGUUUAUGAGGUAGAACCAGUGUGUUUUUUUCAGCGGGGGGGGGGGGCGUUGCGCAGGGGUACACACCCCCCUCAACAUUUUAUGAAUCUAGGUUUGGCCUCAUUGAGGGGCAGUAUUUCAAUAUGAGUAGGAAAAGGAGAGGACCCCUAAACAUUUUUUAAUAGGAAAAAUGAGCACUGGGUAGAACUCUCCAGGUAAAGUACCAACUGAAUGAAAUUUUGGGAAGGAUCAACAAAAUCUAACCCGGGAAUGCCUCCUGCUCUGAAGCACCCAAUCUUGGAUCCACAGUAAACCAUUAUGAACAAAUGCAAGAGGAUCCGUGGUAGUUUUCAGUCUGUCUGCUGGAGCCAAAUAGGGCAGGUGCUCUCUAUGGAGAGAUACGAAUGGCUAGAGUAAUUUGGCAGGGGGCGGGGGGGGGUGUUCCUUCAAAUUCUCUUAACCGUAGGAAGCCUUUCUUCAUUAACUUGUCUGCAGAGGCAGGAUCUUAACGCAGAAAAAUGCAGAGUGAAAAGGGUUCAGCCCCUUCCAGAAGCACUGCAGAUCCAAGACGCCUUCUGUCCACAGCUGCACUUACUUUUUCAAAACACGUGGGAAAUAUUGUGCUGUCGUGUCUAAUUUGGCCCUGAUUUUCUCAGUAGCUACUCAAACUGGGCAUUAACAGAAGGACGCUUUGGGCUUGCCCAUGUUUGGGCAUUAAGUAGCUGUUAAUCCACUUUGCCCCAUCAAAUUAGACACUCUACAUCCACACGUAUUUGAAUCUGUAUAUGAGAAGCAGCUUCAUUCUUCCUCGUGUUUUCGUUUGUGUUUUCCCCCACCUUCUGAUUUCUUGAUUUCUUGAUGCACACCUCGUUCUUCUUGUUUUUUAUAUAGUCGCACAAGAAAUCUAAUUGACUUUGACCCUGCCCAUGAUAUAAUUAAGUAUAGUCAACACAAUGUAAUAAGGGAUUUUCAACAAACAAAACUUCGCCCCAGUGAGAAGACACCUCUUGAGAAGGAAGGAACACUGCUCUUGUUGGGUUUUUUACAAAAAUCCCCACCCUGAAUUGGAGGGCAGCAGGCAACUAGAGUAUAUUAAAAACAGGUCUGAAAAGCACAGAUUCUCAUACAGUUCAUAGAUGCCAGAAAUUUGACAUAUAGGGCAAUAAAGAUGAGUUCUGAAGCAUCUUAAUGCCUAAAAAUUGUAAAUUUUAUGAUGUGAACUGUCGUGAGAUCUACAGAUGACGGGUGGUAUAUAAAUUCAAAAUAAUAAUAAUAAUAAUAAUAAUUUCAUUGCAGCUGACACUUUCAUGGGCAAAAGUCUGCUUUGCCAGGUGCAUGAAGCGUAAUCUAAGUGUAUAAACCUUGAGGGGAAAAGGGGGGGGAUCAAUUUUUUGUUUCGUUUUUACAAAAGGCCAAGCAAUUCAAGUGAUAGUUUUAGAUGCUUCACAAUACAAUGAAGAACACAAAUGAAUUCAAAGAUCCAGCCGAGUAAAUGUAAGAUCCAGUAAAUUUGGGUGUAAGUACUCAUAAUUGAAGAUAGGAGUGCCUGGCGUGCUCUGGUCCAGGGGGUCACAAAGAGUCGGACACGACUAAACAACAACUCAGAAUUAAGCAUAGGAAGCUCUGCCGUGUAAAUAAUACCUAAAGGGGGACAACCCUUUAGAUAUUUCCCCAACCCAAAAGAUUUGGGGAGGGGAGGGAAGUUCCGUUCUAAAAACAGAAUCCUUCCACUAGCAGAACUACUGAACUGGACAGUGCCCUCCGAACUGGAAUUCCCAUGCCAUUUGCAUGCAGACUCACAUACAUGUGUACAUGCGCACACAGCAAGGUUCACCUGAAUAAUAUGCCUUCCAGAAGGUCUGUGUUUCAGUAGCUUUGUUUGGUUAAGCUGUGGACUAGAUGCCCCUUGGGGGUCUCUUCCGGCAGUCGUGGAGGAAGGGGCUUUGGUACCUGGGGGCGUCCCAAUGGAGUGGCGCCCGCCCGAGCGAUCACCCCAAGGGGGAGGCGCCUGACCACAGCGACGUCAACACCCCCCCCCCGGGCUGGCACCCAAAGCAGACUGCCCUCCCCAUCCCCUUCCUCCACCACCCCCUUCCGGGUCUACAAUUCUCUGAUUCUAUAUAGUCUGGGGUCCGAAACAAUAUAGUAAGAAUGUUGGGUUUUGUCUGCAGGUGGACCUGAGGCACCGAGCAGUGGCCAAAACCGUGGAUGAAGUGCAAAAAAUCAUACAACGGCUUACCAAUGAAAUUAGCAACAAGGAUUCUCGUUUCCAGGCAAUUUCUAACUCUGGGAUUCAUAACGAAAACAUGAAGGUAAGCGUGCAUGGGGUCUUUGGCUUUAACCAGGCCUUCUCAGUUGUGGCGCCCGCCCUGUGGAACGCCCUCCCAUCAGAUGCCAAGGAAAUAAACAACUAUCUGACUUUUAGAAGACAUCUGAAGGCAGCACUGUUUAGGGAAGUUUUUAAUGACUGUUGUUUUAAUGUGGUUUUUUUCAUAUUUUGUUGGAAGCCACCCAGAGUGGUUGGGGAAACCCAGCCAAAUGAGUGGGGUAUAAAUAUAUUAUUAUUAUUAUUAUUAUUAUUAUUAUUAUUAUUAUUAUGUGCACUGAGUCCACGAGCGAUUCUGGACCCUCCUCCUCAUGGGAGCACCGUCUGUCCAUUAUAGACUGCAGGAUUAAAGCUACACCUGGUGCCUCCGGCUUCUUGCUCUGAACUACAGUUCUGCGACCUUUAAAGGACAGUGGAAGGUCUGGGUUGUGUGGGAAGCAGCUUGUGGGCAACCAGGAGUCGUGGAAUGAAGGCGUAAUUCAGAACCAAAGGGCAAACCAGAAGGCAGGAUUUGAGGAGCAAACCAGAAGCCAGGACUGAUGCACAACCAAAAGAUGCAGGAAGAGGCUGGAACUCAGGAUGAUUUCAUUGUUUCCGGUUCAUAUCCUCAAUACCCCUGAAUGGGCUUCUAUUACCACUCGUAUUCAGCCUUCAGUUACAAUCAGAGCCAUACUUCCUUGCAAUUAUUAAAAAUGGAGCUGGAUCUCCGCAGACCUUUUUAACCUUAUUAGAAUGACAUUACUUAGAUCGUUCUAAAACGUCACAGGGCAGACUGGUAAAUUUCAAACGUUCCUCACCUUGUUUUCCCUGUCAAAUUCAGUUUCCCUGCUGCCAGUUCCUGGUCGCUCUGCAGCGCCCUCUGGUGUCACCUUUCAAUGACGCAUUAUUAACGUUACAAGCAAAACGUAACAUGCCCAUCUAUCUACGUUAGGAAAAUCAUUCCUUAACCCUUCCUUAAUGUCAUAACCCAUGAGCGUAGAUCUGCCCUGGGUGUACCAUAAUGCCAGUGGAAAUUGAUUGAAGAGAAGGAUGGUACCACUGGUGAUACACGGUUGCCUUUGGCCAUAGAGAUGUUCUACUGUGUACCAGAGAAAGUAUGAGCUUCUGAAAAGAGUGAAGGAGAUAGACUACAGGUGAUGGUAACUGAGGUCUGAGGCUGCAGUCCUUCUUAGCUGGGUGUGUGAAUUCAGUAAGAUGGAGCAGAUAAGGUCAGCAGGAGCAGAUAUGGUCAGGAGUCUGCUGCUCACAACAGAUGCUGUCUGGUAGCCUCCUUGCAUGUUGGUUAUUUGCUGCCCAGACCCUUCCAGGUCUCGCUAUUUCAGAGGCUGUAAUCAAAUACGACCUCCCCCAUCUCCCAUGUCCAGAUGCUGUGGACUGCACAAAAACAUCAGUGUUUUGUCAGUUUCUGCCACUGCGUAGCAAUGAUGCGAUUAUAGGCUGGUCAUUUUCUUCUAAGAGAUGUUGUGGGGCAUGGCAAGCUUUUGUGCAAGGUAGGGAGAUGUGGAGAGGGUGGUCUUCAACAUUCCUUCUACCUUGGCAAUUCCAUGAUUUGAUAAAGGUUCUCAUUCUAUUUAGUAAGUAAAACCCCUAAAACAUCAACCCUUUGUAAAGGAAGUUUUUUAAUAACUCUUGCAAGCAUCCGGAGAAAGGCACAGUUUCAUAUUUAAUGGUUGGAAGGCAGGCCGCAGGGAGCAAAUGUUUCAUUUCUGCAAAUCAGCAACGGUUCUUGUCAACUGACUAAAUAGCUACAGCUGAAGAGCUAAACUUUUUUUGAGAGAAGCUUGCCUUCGUAUCUUUUUUAACUUAAUGUAUUUGAAUCCCACUUUCCUCCCAAAGAGCUCAAAGCGGUGUACAUAGUUCUUACCAUUAGUAACCUUAGGUAAAGGUAAAGGGACCCCUGACCAUUAGGUCCAGUUGUGGAUGACUCUGGAGUUGUGGCGCUCAUCUCGCUUUAUUGGCCAAGGGAGCCGGCGUACAGCUUCCGGGUCAUGUGGCCAGCAUGACUAAGCCGCUUCUGGCGAACCAGAGCAGCGCACGGAAACGCCGUUUACCUUCCUGCCGGAACAGUACCUAUUUAUCUACUUGCACUUUGGCAUGCUUUCGAACUGCUGGGUUGGCAGGAGCAGGGACUGAGCAGUGGGAGCUCACCCCGUUGCGGGGAUUCGAACCGCCGACCUUCUGAUCAGGAAGUCCUAGGCUCUGGUUUAACCCACGUCCCUUAGUAACCUUACAGCUAAGUUAACUCCAGGUGAAUGCUUAGAGGGAGGGUGCAGCAAAUGGUGAUAUCCAGGUAACACUUUAAUUUACAUGCAUCCGUGAGAAGGGGCUGAACCUGCAGACUCGGAAUGGUGGGGGUUCUGAACAGAGGGCUUAUUUAGACAUCAGGCAGGCUGGUUCAGACUACUGAAACACUAGCAACAUGUGAGUACCGAUGAUCAUCAUUCCCAGCCCCAGGGAUCAAUAUGGGUAGCAGAAAAUCCCAGGGACCAUAGUUCCCCUUUGAAGUGCCCUUUCUACAUUCCUGGCUUGGGGCGAGGUUAGUUUGACAUUAACCAGCAGCCUUAGAGGUCCCUUGCAGGGUCGCCCUUGAGAUGACUGAUGGAAAUUGGGAAACCCAUCAGGUCUAGGUGGCAAGCUGUGGGGCGGGGGGAGAGGGAACGAAAUGUCCCAACAAGUCUCCAGACCUUGUGGCAAGGUGAGGGGGGAGCCAACAAAUGGUGGCACCAUUUCUCCCUUCUCCCUCACUUUUUCCUCACUUCAGUUCUUGGAGGUUGAUACCCGUUUUCAGAAAUGGCACUUGCAGCAAAGGGACACCGCAUUUUAGUAGACUGGAGAAGGUUGUGAGGCUGCCACCACAAGCUGUUUUUCAGCAUUGCAAAGCCUGCGGAGAUGACUGCAGUUCCUGCUCUCUCGCUCUCUCUGCCCUGGGUCCCCCACUCACCUCUCUUGCAGGCAGAUAAGGUAGAAAGAGACUGAACUGACAGAGCAAGCAAAGACCACACAAGGGAAGAAAGUAGCUCAUUGCCGUGUUUUGAAGAAGUUCCAUCUCCAGGCUGCAAAGCUGGCAUCUCUUUGGAUUUCACCCUACCUAGUGAUUUGCAUUAACACCAGCUGCGUUUUUAGUUAGCCAACUAACCGCCUUUUACUGCCUCUGUUCUGUCUACUUCUUUCCUUGCUGCCUCUCAGGAUCAGCCAGCCUUACUGGCCAAGUGGUCAGCUCUGCUUCAGGGGAAGAGCCCCUUCCACCCGUCUAUCCAGGUACAAACACCUUGCAUAGGUUCCCUCCAGGUCCCCUCAUGUCUGCUUCCUCCCUUGAUCACCACCACUCUCACUCCACCAACUACCCUAACUCACCUCUUCCCUAGCCAAGCCCUCCCAAAAUGUAUGAAAGCACAAAGUCAUGCUUUUAAUUCACCUGCUGCCUGAGAAGUCUCACCUGAAGAAGGGGGCUUCACAUUUUGCUUGACGUAUUCUAGUCCCUGGGCUUUACGUACCACGGAAUUUGUCAUCCCCACUAAAGCCACGUGGGACUUCUUUGCAAUGGCACAUGAACAAUAAAUUCCAUCUGUACUUAUGCCUUGUAAUUCCUUUCUGAGGAAUCCCAUCCUUGUUUUAUUCAGACCUCUGCUGUUGUUUAAAAUGGCCACUUUGCUUGCUUUUCAGUGUCCCUCCCUUUUCACUGUGCUCAAACUUCCCCAAGGAUGUUAAGCCCUCAAAUAUUCCAUAGUACUUUACUCAAACACCUGCUGUUGUUUCAAACCACCAUUUCUGUUAUGUACUGAAGUUCUCACCCUGGGCCAGAAGGGGGAUACUGUAGAUAGUUUUCACUCAGAUCCACAUAUGCAAAUAAGGGAUUGAAAGUGACUUUCAGUGAUUGGAUAGUUACAGAAAGUGGUUACUGUUGUGUUGUAGUGGAGCUCUAUAUAAGCAGGCUGGCUGAACCCUUCAGCUCAGUUCUGUUCUGGCCUGUGAAUAAGCAAGAGCUGUUUGAAGAAUCGCUGUGUCGUCUGAUAUGUUCACCCACAACUUAACAAUUUCCCUCUCAGUUCACUCAAUCCCUGCUUUAAUUAAAACUCUUCUGUUGUUUUCAACUGCCUCUUUUCCCCUCUCAGUCUUGCCUGCUCCUCACUCCUCUGCCGGGGCCAUUGCUGUUGUGCAACCUGCCUUCACUUUUGCUUCCCUAUCCCAACCUGACUUCAUGCAAAUCCAGGAUAGUGAUACGGCACUGCCAAUCUUCCAAUGAGGAUUGCUUGAUGGCAUUCUUACAUUAUUAUUAUAUAGAGAGAUAGAUCAUUUCCUCACUGUUAGCAGAUGUAGUGAAGUAACCAAGGCUCCAGUACUUAACAUAUAUACUUCUGAGUAAGCAUGCGUAGGGUUGCCUUCAGCCGUGAAUCAGGAAGCCUUGAAUUCAGAUCUGACCCAUGGAAGUGUGGACAAGCCCAAUGUCUGUUCUAGUUUCCUGGCCAUCCUAGCCAUUUCCUGUUCCAACCUUUCUGAAUCUGUCUAGGUCUUAACACCCGGCCAGUUCCUCAUCACCGUCCCCUUGCUUGGCCUGUCUGGGUACAAAGAAGGCCAAGUACGGCAUUGGCGCUACUACACGACGCAUGGAGCCAAGCUCCUGUCCCCUGUCAGGGACCCAGAGGAGCUGCAGCAGUGGUUGGAAGUGGAGCAGUUCUCCAAGAGCCUUCAGCAGUGGCACGAGGCAGAUGUGAACAUCGAGGGCGACCUUGUGCCUGCCAAGAUCCUGGCUGUCUUCCGAGAACUUGUGGAGAAAGCGAUCGCAUCUCACAAUCUCACAGGUGAGUUCACUGGGGCAGGUGCGAGAGGAAGUGGCUCAGGGUAGCCCUUUCCCACAAUCAACCACAGGCACUCAUGGCCUCUCCAAACCUCAAACAGAUAUUUCUGCCGGGUCUACACACACACACACACACACACCCCAGCAGAGUGGUCCUGGCCCUCAUGACAGACCAUACCACAAAUCAUCAUCAUCACCACCAUCAUCAUCUGCAUUGUGACUUGCAGCGAUUUCUAAUGAUCAUAGUUUAGAUCAUACUUAUUGUAAUUAAGAGUGAAUUUCUGUUUAAUUAUUUGCUGAUGUUUUCAGAGUUAAUUUUAUUGCGUAUUAUUAUAUUCUAAUAGAUUGUUGACUAUUAAUUUCUUUUAUAUAAGCCAUUCUGUUUAAAAGUUAUAUUUUGUUAUGCCUUUCUGUAUUGGACCAGAUUAUUGUAAGGGGCGUGUUCUUGAUUGUUUAUUUUGUUGCUGUAAACCCCCUUGUGCAAGUAAAUAUAAAAAGGCGGUAUACAAAUUAAAAGUGAAAUGAAAUUGAACUGCCUUUGUGACUAUAGAUACAGACUGGCAGAAGCAUACUGUCAUAAGGGAUUUUUUUUUGGGGGGGUGCCCCUAAACCCAAGAAAUUAAUGAAUGUCAGAAUCCAGCUAAUAUUGGGCAUAGGAAGAGGAAAUGCCAGCUGCAGAAUUGUGCCAGGCGAGGAAUCAGCUGCAGUCCGGUUUCUGCUGACAAAUCCCCUUUGGAUGCCCUUUCCCCCAGAGCGAGUCAGCAUUCUGGAAGGCUUCAGCCCGGUGGUCCAUGUUGCCGUGGAGACAUCCGACGUCCAGGUGGAGGUUGAGCUGGUUCCAACGAUUGAGAUCCCAACUUGUUGGCCUCGGAAAAUCAAGUGGCCCCGAUGUUUCAAGCGCUGGCCUAGCCAGGAGAAAGUGCAAUGCGUCAAGGUACCAGGCCAGGAUGCGACCGUGGUUUUAGCCCCAAGCUGAUCUUGCAAAGAGGGGCAUGUGGAGGGGUAAGAGAGCAGGAUAUAGGCCAGGGGUGUUCCCAGAGUGCGGUGCGCCACACGGGUGUGACAGGAGAGGAUGUAUUUCUUAUCACUAAAAUAGUCGGUGUGGCACGGGCCAAUUUUUAUUCUGAAAGUGUGGCCCACAAUAAAAUAAAAUAAAUGAGAACCAAAGAUUUAGGCCAUAAUGAUUUGAACAGUUAAAACUAAUAUUCUGCUCCGGGGUUCAGAAGUAAUACUGCCCCAGCCGUGGAGACGGAGCGUAGUCACUAUGGCCAGUAGCCUUCGAUAGCCCCCUCCUUCGUGAAAUAUAUCUAGGUUGGCAGACGCUCCAAGGGUCCCUAUUUUCCAGGGCCAUCCUGGAUUUAGAGAAGCCGUCCUGGUUUCUGAUUUGAUCCCGGAAUGUCCCGCUUUUCCUUAGGAUGUCCCUAUUUUCAUCGGAGAAAUGUUGGAGGGUAUGGAGUUAUCCAGCCCGCAGGGUGUCUGAAGGUAAUCCUGUAUAGGGAAGGGUUUUUUAAAAAUAAAAAUAAAAACAAUGUUUUCUUAUGUUUUUAUAUAUGUUGGAAGCUGCCCAGAGUGGCUGGGGCAACACAACAAGAUGUGUGGGGUAUAAACAGUAAAAUCAUCGUUCUGGAAUGGGACGUCCCUAUUUUCAUCGGGGAAAUGUUGGAGGGUAUGGGUUGGUGGCCAUCGCUACUAUGGAGUGAGUUCCAUAGUUUAACUAUGCGCUGUGUGAAGAAGUGUUUUCUCUUAUCUGUCCCGAACCUUUGAACUUCCCACUUCAUUGGAUGCCCACAAGCUCUCAUGUUAAGAUGGGGGGACGGACUUUUCUCUGUUCUCUUUCUGUGUGCCAUGCCUGGAGACAGGAGUCUGGUGCCAACUAGCAGUGGAAACUUGCAGCACAUCCCUGUAAGCAAGGGAAGACAAACAGGAGUCAUUUUCAAAUCCUCUGCUUACCAGGGAGAGGUGGCCAAUGUACACAACCCACAAAAGUAUGAAGAGGGCACCAUUUCUAUUUAAUGCUACUAGGUUGGGGGAAGACUGUAACUUCCAGAUCCCUCUUGACCAAUUGCUUUUAAGACCCUAUACACUAGAUCAGGGUUUCCCAAACUUGUAUCUUCAGCUGUUUUUUGGACUCCCACUCCCAUCAUCCCUAGCUGGCAGGACCAGUGGUCAGGGAUGAUGGGAAUUGUAGUCCAAAAACAGCUGGAGGCCCAAGUUUGGGAAACCCUGCUCUAGACAGUGUCUUCUCCCAUAUUUUCCCUUUCGACUACUAAAAUAUGCCUAAUGUUUUCUUAAUCUGGACCAGUUAAAAACUAUGGUGGCACGUGAAGGGCAGUUUAUGUUCUCUUCUCCGGAUAUGCAUCCAGCUUCCUCUCGCUGGAGAGUCCCCAAAGCCCAAGCCUCAACACAGCUUCUAGAUAUCCUGUUGUUGUUGUUCAUCAUCAUCAUCAUCAUCAUCAUCAUAAUUUAUUUAUACCCGGCCCUCCCCGGCCAGAGCCGGGCUCCGGGCGGCUAACACCAGUAAAAUUACAAUAAAAACGUAAUAGGGAGGAAAAUACCAAUUUAAAAUACAGGUUAAAAUGCAAUUUAAAAUGCAGCCUCAUUUUAAAAGUAGCCCAUAAAUCAAAACCAUAAGGGGAGGGAAACAUAAGGGUCAGACUGAGUCCAAACCAAAGGCCAGGCGGAACAGCUCCGUCUUGCAGGCCCUGCGGAAAGAUGUCAAGUCCCACAGGGCCCUGGUCUCUUGGGACAGAGCGUUCCACCACCUCGGGGCCAGUACUGAAAAGGCCCUGGCCCUAGCUGAGACCAGUCUAACCACCUUGCGACUUGGGACCUCCAAAGUGUUGUCAUUUGUGGGCCUUAAGGUCCUCUGCGGGGCAUACCGGGAGAGGCGGUCCCGUAGGUAGGUAUCCCUUUGAAGGCAAUGGGAUAAGCAUGGAAACGUUGCUUUUAAUUUAGCAUAUUUUAAUAUGUUUUAUUUGCAUAAUUCUGUGCCUUUCAAUCUGUUUCAGAGUAUUAGUAAGCACCCUGGACCCUUCGGAUAAGUGAUGGAUUGAAACAAUGCAAAGGCUGCUCCUAUGGAGCUGCUCAACCAAUCUCUCAGCUGGGGGUGGGGCGCCCUUUGCCUUCUCUCCCCCGUCUUUUCCUUCCCCAACUUGCUCUGCUUCUUUUCCGCAGUCUUUUGGCUUUGACCUCUUGGCCUCUUCCAACUACCACUGGUACCUGAGCUUCGCGAGAGCUGAGCACAUCCUGAUGCAGGGACUCGACGAGGACGGCGGUUGCCGCAUGAUGUGCUUCCGGGUUAUGAGGCAGAUGAAGGAAGAUGUCUGGUGUGCAGGAAACAAGCCAGUCCUCACAGCCUUCCACCUGCAGGUGUGUGCGCAGCCAGUGAGGCAUUGGGAAGGGGGGAGAGAUCUGUACCCCAAAACAAGAGGAGAUGUUUUGGAGGACUGGCUCCUUAACGCUUCUUCAUUGCCUGUGGUUUGCUAAGGGCGCAAGGCAGCUGACUCUCUCUUCUCCACACCACAGGAUCCUACUGGGUGGGGAAGGAGGUGAGGAAAAGGUUGUGUUGGAAAGAGAGAGGAAAUGGGUAGAGUCUGCCAUUUUCUGCUCUGGCUCCAUCCACCAUUGACCUCUGACAGAGUAGUCCCAACGGAAUCUGACACUUGACAGAAAAACAUAGCUGUCAACUGUCCCUUAUUUGGUGGGAAAGUCCCUUAUCCCAGCGCUGUGUCCCGCUGCUGUCCCUUAAAUUUCCCGGGUUUCAAAAGAAGCAGCUCCUCUCCCUCCCUCCCUGCCGGCCAGGGAGGAGGAAGGCUCCAACUGUGUUGCUUGGCUGCGUUGCUCACCUAAUAAGGAGUCUAAGAGCGACUGGGGGGUGGAGCUUGCAUGCCUUGUGCCAAUCAAAUUGGCCGUGUUGCCUGGGGACUUGCCUUUGCUCAGCGCUUCCCAGCGGAGAGGUGACGGUGGUUUUCCUUGCUGCAUCCCCUUUGCCGGGUUGCUGCGCUGUGGGAAUCACCGCCUGAGGCUUUGUUUGGAUGCUGGUUGACUAAAAUCCCUUAUUUUGGCUGCUGAUCCCUUAUUUUCGAGCCUGCUGGUCCCUUAUUUUCAAAUCUGUAAGUUGGCAGCUAUGCAGAAAAAGGGUUUUCCACCCUUGAUCCGGGUCAUUACUCGGACCGGAUGCCAUUAUUAAGAAGGCCGUCUAAUUCACUUGUGCUAGCAAGCCCCUAUGUUCUCUCUUCUAGAUGGGACACUUUCUGCAGACCCACACAGGGCCAAACAUUACACAAUAGGCUUGUGUGAUGGAGACACCAGCUGUGGUGUUUCUAAACGUUCUGGUAUGUUUCUAGGCUUUCAGUUAUGGAAACAACUCCAUAUAAACAUGAAGAUAUACUAUGUAGGCCAGACACUAGCACUUGCCAGAGACGUGCUAGUGAGUUGCAGGGAAAUCAUUUUUGGCCCAGAUUUUGUGUUUGUGAUAUUUGGGGGGUGGGAGAUGGUCUUGCCCAGGCUUCCUCAUCCUCGGCCCUCCAGAUGUUUUGAGACUACAAUUCCCAUCAUCCCUGACCACUGGUCCUGCUAGCUAGGGAUCAUGGGAGGUGUAGGCCAAAAACAUUUGGAGGGCUGAGCUUGAGGAAGCCUGGUCUUGCCCUUUGUUUUUCUGGCAGCCAGGCCCAAGCCAACCCCCCCGGCUGUUGUUGCCCCCCCCCCCAGUAUACUGGAAACCCCAAAUUCUCCUGGGUAUCAGGGGUUCCAACUUCAGCAACAAAGGCAGCAGGCAGAAGAAGAUGCAGCUGGCAACUUACUUUUCACGCCAGAGCAACAGUGAGCUUCACUGAGAAAGCUGUAGCAUUUCUAAACUACAGUGGCACCUUGCUUCUCAAACUUAAUCCAUUCCAGAAGUCCGUUCCAAAACCAAAGCGUUCCAAAACCAAGAUGCGCUUUCCCACAGAAAGUAAUGCAAAAUGGAUUAAUCCAUUCCAGACUUUUAAAAACAACCCCUAAAACAUCAAUUUAACAUGAAUUUUACUAUCUAACAAGACCAUUGAUCCAUAAAAUGAAAGCAAUAAACAAUGUACUGCAGUCACACAAUCAAUCAAUCAGUAGCUGAACUGGGUUCCACACACUCACAAAAGCAAAACAAAAAGAGCCGCAAAAUCAAAAACGCAAAAUAAAUAGCAAAAACAGACAGACCUCAGCGUAACACUCAAAACGGAAGUGUGGCACUCGAAAGCAUUCGCAAACCGGAACACUUACUUCCGGGUUUGCAGUGUUUGGGUUCCAAGUUGUUUGAGUACCAAGGCGUUUGAGAACCAAAGUACCACUGUAUUUACUUUUUUUAAAAAAAUUUAUUUAUUUAUUAUUAAUGUUGCAAUACAUAUAUGAAAUAUUUACAUAGUGAUACAUAUACAUUAUAUUUGUAAAUUCACAUUUUCACAUUUCAUUAUGUACCAACAUUUAUCCAUUUCUUUUUUUGCUGCUUAUUUCUUGCCUGUGUCUAUUUCUUGCCUGUGCAUGACUUAAUAAUUAAGCAUUUAUUCUUAUAUAUCUGCUUGACUUAACUUAACUUUGUACCACUGUAUUGACUUCAAGGUUGGGAGCCAUCCCAUGUAGACUGUAUCCCACCCCCCACCCCCACCCCCGUACUUCCUGUGUUGUUGAAUUCCAUCUAUUGGGCCUCAUUUGUGUCUUCUGCAGAUGGUGCUUUUCUGGACGUGCGAGAAGUACCCUCGCUCCAAGGACUGGUCCUGCUUCCGCAAAGGCUUUCUGCGGAUGGUGCGCAAGUUGCACAAAUGUGUGAGCCAGCACUUCCUGAAGCAUUACUUCAUCAAAGGCACCAACCUGCUGAAGUAUGCCAACACCAAUGACCUGGAUAUGGUAGCGGGCAAGCUGGCCGUCUUCUUGGAGAACCCUACGCUUCCUCUGGACUGAGAGAGAUGGACAAGCAGACUCCUGAACCAGGUUUUGCCCUGUUCCUUAGUUCCUCCGUGUGGUGAGUAGUGAGGAUAGAGGCAAACGGACCGGCAUCUGGGAGCAAACUCUUCUGUCUUCUGCCUCUCCGUGAUUAGUUUGCUUAAGUCUCACCUUUUGGAUCUGGAGCCAGCCAGCCGCUUUCGCAGAAACUCAGCCUGUGGAGAGUGGAUGGGCAGAGGGCUGCCUACUUCUGCUUUGUACCUUCUCUAGGUGGGCUAAGCUGGAAAGCAGUUUGCCAUAUUUGGAUCCAGAGUUUGCUUCUCCUGGUCAGCAAAAUUGGGGUGAAGGAUAAAGGACUGUUGUGCAUUUAUCAAUGCGCUAAAAUGUUGGGGAGCAUCUUGAAAAAUCUGAUGGGGUGUGUGUGUGUCUCAGAGUCCUAGAUCUGUUGGUGAAUGAACCUUACUUGUUGGUUGCUAAAUACCUCCAUUGCUUCUUUCGGUUUUCCUUCCUUCUUGCCCCCAAAGGUUACCUUCUCUUGUUUUUAGGAAUAACCAAUGUCUGACUGCAUGGACAGCAAGAAAUAUAUAUAAACGAAAGGAGCACCAUCAUAAAUGCAGCUGGGCCAUGCAUGCCACUGGAUCCAAGUCAAAAAGUCUGCCAGUUAUGAUCUUGUCUAGAAGCUAGUGGCAUGCGUUGCUCGUUUGCGUUUGUGUUCACAAAGAGUGCAAUAUCUGCCAAAUGUAACAUGGGAUGGAGCCCUCAGGUGUGUGAAUGAGAAGACAGGCUUCCCAUGUUUGGUGCUACCUUUGUUCCUGCCAUGUUACCAGCCUUCCUGCAGUGGCAUUCAGAAGUGGUCCUGACUGCAAAGGGAUACUUAUUUUUCUGUGCAAUGUUCAGGGUUGUUUUAACCAGAGACCCCUUAAUGGUUCAAUAGAGCGCAUUCUAGAAUAAAAUGUUUUUACCUCAAUUAGUUACACUUGUGGACAGCUGGUGGCAUGAAUAAACAAUGGUCAAGGUUUUUAAAAAAUAU